CGCCCUCUAUCAGUAACCCACCGCACCUCCCAGGAGCUGGUCGGCCUGCGCUUUGACGACGACGCGCUGCACGCCAUCAACGCCGUCUCCUACUCAUCUGCCGUCUCCGCUUCCGCUUCCGCAUCAGCAUCAACAGCAGCAUCAGCAGCCCCGUCGGCUUCGCUUUCGCCACACCUCGCUCAGCAGCCUGCCUCCGCAACGCAAUCAGCAGCGUCGUCGCACCCAGCGCGCGCUGUCCAGACCCCUGCCGGCGCCAACCCUGCUGUGAGGCUGUCGCAAAUCCUCGCAGGCCAAGGCCGGGCCUCAAUGGACGACCCCCAUUCCAAUGGCAUGCGGAGUCCACGGCAGCGGUACAGUGAUGAAGGCAAAGAGGCAAAGGUGUUGAAGAAGAAGAGCGGCUUCUCGAGUCUGAUGUCUAGUUUGGUCGGCGCUCCGCGAAAACCGACCAUAUCAGCGCCAGAGAAUCCCGUGCAUGUGACGCACGUGGGCUACGAUCAAGAGACAGGCGAGUUCACUGGAUUGCCGAAAGAAUGGCAGCGAACAUUACAGGCCAAUGGCAUAACAGAACAGGAGCAGAAGAAGAAUCCCCAGGCUAUCAUCGAUGUUGUUACAUUCUUCAACGAGAACCAAGGUGACACGAGUAGUGACGACUGGACCUACCACAAAUUCGAUCAUGCCAAACCUCAGGACAGCCCCGGCCAGCUGGCCGCGCACAAUUAUCAGCAAGGGCUGAGUCCUACUGGAUACAUGAUGAGCCCUCCUGCCAGCCCACGCUUUCCAAAGAACGAUGGAGAGAGCUUCGAGAAUCCAAGAGCGCCUCCACCGGUGCCGCGAGGCAUGUCCACUGCCGGGAUGGGCGUGUCGAGCCCAGUCAGCCCACAAUCCAAUGGCGAUCUGCUUCCUAUGCGACCAGCGCCGAAAGCUCCAACCCAGUCUGCCAAUAUGGUCCCUCAGCGACCAGCUCCGCCUAUUCCCAGCCCUCACAGAGAUCAGCCCAGAGUCGAUGACGGCCUGCCUGCGGUGAAAUAUGCUCCUCCUACCGUGAGCGACAUUUCAUCCAAUACCCAACCACACAACAGAAGUCGUGCAAAUACUGGCCCCACGUACCAGAACCAGUCUCCCAUCUCGUCGCCCCACCAGUAUCAGCAGCAGCAGGAGCAGGCCAUGAAAGCGGCACAGCAAGUUCUCAAGCAACAAUCCCUGGAGCGAUCGCAGGUUGGGCCAGCUCCUAGGCCAAGACAGCGCCCUCGACAGUCCAUCACGAACGCCGAGGUAGUAUCGAAGCUCCAGCAUAUAUGUAAUACUGCCGACCCUACCAAGAAGUACCGAAACUUGAUCAAAAUUGGACAAGGUGCUAGUGGAGGAGUCUACACAGCAUUCGAAGUUGGCACCAACAAAUGUGUUGCUAUCAAGCAGAUGAACCUGGAGCAGCAGCCGAAGAAGGACCUGAUCAUCAACGAAAUUCUGGUUAUGAAAGACAGCAAGCACAAAAACAUUGUCAACUUUAUGGAUAGUUUCCUCGUGAAGGGAGAUUUGUGGGUUGUCAUGGAGUACAUGGAGGGAGGCAGCCUUACUGAUGUUGUGACCUUCAACAUGAUGUCGGAAGGACAAAUUUCGGCAGUGUGCAGAGAGACGCUGCACGGUCUUCAAUUUCUGCACUCCAAAGGCGUCAUUCACCGCGAUAUCAAAUCCGACAACAUCUUGCUGUCUAUGGAAGGCAGCAUCAAGCUCACCGACUUCGGCUUCUGCGCUCAGAUCAACGAAUCGCAUAUGAAACGCACGACUAUGGUCGGCACACCAUAUUGGAUGGCACCCGAAGUUGUGACGCGGAAAGAAUAUGGACGCAAGAUCGAUAUUUGGUCGCUCGGUAUCAUGGCUAUAGAGAUGAUCGAAGGCGAGCCACCAUACCUGACCGAGUCGCCGCUUCGAGCUCUAUACCUGAUCGCCACAAAUGGCACACCUACCAUCAAGGAGGAACACAAUUUGACACCGGUGUUCCGAGACUUUUUGCAUUUCGCACUCAAGGUUGAUCCAGAGAAGAGAGCAUCCGCGCACGAUCUCCUUAAGCAUGCAUUUAUUCAGACAGCGGAGCCACUUGCGACUCUCGCGCCACUGGUGAAAGCUGCGAGGCUCGCGAGAGCUGAAGAAAGAAAGAACAAGGGCAGUUAAGGCUCUAACACAAGAAAUCUGUGCCACCUGGCUGCGUGGCUCAUUGGUCCCAGGAUUUACUUUUCGUUUUAGCAUGAAGCAUAUCGACUGAGCGUUCGGCGUGUAAAUCAGUCCUUUCACGAGGCGCAAGGAUGUCGCACGUGAGAUUGCAGAUCAUAGGCGGAGUUGAUCUUGCAGAUGGAGUGAUCGAUGCGGUUACAGCACCCUGGACAACGCGGUCGCCAGGGAGCAAAGCGCAGAGGGAUGGCGUUGCAAAUCAUAAACAGCACGGAGUCAUGAUGGUACGAGGAGCGCCGGCGCAAAGUGCGGUUGACGAUUUCAAAAGGAGUUUCUUGGUAUAUCGGGAUCGUGAAAUAUUACUACAUCCCAGCCCGCCCAUUCAUGGCGAUGGACUGCGUGAGGCUCUUCUGCAUACAUAGCAGCGAAAUGACACCACUUAUAUACG